AUGGGAUUACUAACGAUUAUAAGAAAGAAUAAAGCUAAAUCAAAGGAAAUGAGAGUACUUUUCCUGGGUCUGGACAACGCUGGUAAAACAACUAUAUUGAAGAAAUUGAAUGAUGAGAAUAUAUCUGAUAUCAGUCCGACAUUGGGUUUUAAUAUCAAGACUUUGAUAAGGGAUGGAUAUACGUUGAACAUCUGGGACGUAGGUGGACAAAGGACUUUAAGACCGUAUUGGAGGAAUUAUUUCGAAUCUACAGAUGCGGUAGUUUGGGUAGUUGAUUCUUCAGAUAGAAUAAGGAUGAAAGACUGUCAAUUUGAAUUGAAGACUCUACUACAAGAAGAAAGAUUGGCAGGUGCUACAUUACUGGUUUUUGCGAAUAAACAGGAUUUACAAGGAUCAAUGACUUUGGAGGAAAUAAGGGAUUCACUAGAUCUUGAAUCAAUAUCAUCACAUAGAUGGAUAGUCCAUCCAUGCUCCGCAUAUACUGGAUCUGGUUUGGAACAAGGUAUGAAAUGGUUAGUCAAAGAAGUAGCGGGAAGAUUGUAUUGGAGUGGAUUGAGUACUUCUACAUCAACGCAAGAUGUGAAUCCAGCUAUACAGGAGCCAAAUAAGGACGAGUCGGUCGACACUCUUCCAGCGAUUAGAGGAUAA